AAACAAGCCGAAUCUGAUACACAGUUGAAGGUGUUUGUGGGUACUCAGCCAUGUGGAGAAUCGUCAUAUGUUUAUUUAUUUUUAUUUUCAUAGGCAAUGCGUUUAGUUUAAAGUUUACCAUGGAGGGGGAAAUGUACAUGGAGUCCGAUAAAGUGUACUGCGGUCAGCUCGUGUGUGUACAGGAUCUUGAAAGUCACGUGGCAUCACUGGUCAACAUGUCUAUUUAUAGCAUCAGUGAUAACAGCGGAAAGGUCAUCAUUGCUCAUCUUUCAGAGCAAGGUUUACAAAAGGACAAGGACAGUCCGUACAAGGCAGCUGGACAGAUGACCCAAACCACAGCUAAACUUACUGUGUCGGUGGAGGGGACGGCUGGGUGUGGUCUCGGCGCCUUCCUCUGCCAGUUGUAUUUUGUUGACCCCCACGGGCGUGCAGACGUGAGAGAAGUUUUUGUUUUCCCGCCUUCGACAGCAGACGAGUCUAGCCCGGACCUGAAGUUUUCCUUACAGCUGGAAGUUCCGUGGUCAAACAAGCCCGUUGGUUUCAGAAAUAAAGGGAAAAGUUUGGAGACAAGUUGCGAUAAAAUGUCCAAGGAUUCUUCGGAGAUUAUGUCAGAGUUAGGCGAAAAAGUCGACAGCCUGCGUAGAAAUCAAGGUACCCCCCAAAUCCAUGAGAUUCACAUUGAGGCACUUAAAAAUAUCGAAGGAAACUUAUUGAAACAAAUUGAAAAUAAAUUUAGAACGAUUGAAGAAAUAUUUGAAGCCAAAUUUAAAACCAUGCAAGAUAAGUUCGAUGAGAGCAUUAAAAAUUUAACAGACAGAUUUCCUCAGUUUGGUGAAGAAACUUACGGUGAACAUAAAAAAAACGGCGACACCAACAAAAGUCUAGAAGCAAUACAAAUAAACCUGAUUAACAUGACCAAUACUUUAAAUAAUUUAAACUUGCGUUUCCAGAGCUAUGAAGAAAACUGCAGUAGACAACAUGAUGAAAUUCUUAAAGCCACUUACAUGUACAGCAAUUAUUUUAAGUACAUGUGCGAAAAAGGAUUUUCGUCUUCACAUCCACCACUACGUGCUGUAUCGGCUUACUCAAGACAUAAGAAAAUAUUGUGUGAUACGGAUACUGAUGGUGGAGGAUGGAUCAUUAUGGUGCGACGUGUUAAAGGUGACGUCAACUUCACCAGAAACUGGGAGGAAUAUAAGUGGGGAUUUGGUUCUUUUGACGGCGACUUUUGGCUAGGGAAUGAGUUGGUUGCGAAAAUAACUUCAGAGGGUAACUUUGAGUUGAGAGCUGAUAUGCGCUACAAAGAUAAACCUUACUACGCCGUCUACGACAGUUUUAAAGUAGAGAGUGAAGCGGAUGGAUACAGAUUGAGGAUAGGGAACUACAGGGGCGAUGCAGGGGACGCGCUUAAAGAUUACCAAAAAGACAGAGUGUUUUCUACUUUUGACAAGGAUCGAAGCACUGAUAAAUGUCCCAUAAAUCAAAGAGGUGGUUGGUGGUAUAGUAAUUGCCACUAUGCCCACCCCACAGGUGUGUGGAAAGCUAAAGCUCACAGUGGACUGAACUGGUAUCACGUUGCUGGGCUAAGAGAUUCUGUUGACGAAAUAGAAAUGAAGUUUAGAAGGAAAUAACAUUUAUUUCAUACCAAACUGUUCGUGAAACAGAGAUGUAAUAACGUUUAGAUAAAACGCCUACAUUAUAUUUCUUUCAAAUAUGUUACAAAAAUGUAAUAUAAACCUUCGAAAUGAUAUUGUAGAAAAAAAAUGUCAUCGUUUUUCUUUUAUCUUACGCACAAUAAAGAUUUAAUAAAUAUGUCUA